AUGGUAUUAAAGGAGAAAGAUGAUACGGUGAAAUUGGUGAUGAUGAAGGAGAUUCCAGUGAAGACGGCUGGCGGGCAUAUCUUACGUGCUACAGCAGGUUAUGUUCGCCUCACAUCGCGUGUUAAGUGUUUGGUGAUCGAAGAAGACGAAGAGGGGUUCAUUAUCGGGAAGGAUGUUCUUGCUACGCUUGGGAUCGAUAUCGAGCGUCAAUUAGAGCAGCUAGUGGAGAACAAGGAUGCACUGGACAGAGAUUUCAUUGUUGGUGUGAGAUGCGAUGCGGAUGUGAACGCUUCACUUGAAGAACUGAUCGAUACAGCAGUCGUGAACGGAUUCCCUCGCGAGAGGCGAGAGGAGCUACGGACUGCAGUGUUGAUGUUCUACAUAUAG